AUGGAGGCAAUUAGAAAACUUCCCCACCCGUCUGAUAUAUCCGAAUUACGUUCAUUUUUAGGGUUUGUCAAUUUUUAUUCAAAAUUUAUUAAAAACAUAAGUUCUAUUUUAGUUCCCUUAUAUUGGUUACUAAAAAAAGGGGUCACGUGGGAGUGGACGAAGGAGUGUGAAGCGGCCUUCACAGAAAUUAAAUCUAUUCUUAUGAGCGGCAGAGUAUUAGCACAUUACGAUCCCGAUAAGCCCUUAUAUUUAACGUGUGACGCGAGUGCGCGCGGUAUAGGCGGAGUGCUCACACAGAGGGACGGCGCGAGCGGGACGGAACGACCGGUAGUGUUUGUAUCGCGGGCGCUGUCCGACGCGGAGAAACAUUAUGCACAAAUUGAUCGGGAGGCUUUAGCGAUCGUAUUUUGUUUGCAAAAACUUCAUCAGUACGUGUACGGGCGGCGUUUUAUACUACGCACCGAUCACAAGCCACUCGUUAGUAUUUUCGGCCCAAAACAUGGUAUUCCGGCGAUGGCUGCUAGUAGACUGCAACGUUGGGCUAUAAAAAUCGCGGCGUAUUCUUAUGAAAUUGAGUAUGUAAAUACCAAAGAUAACGCAGCCGAUGGAUUGUCGAGAUUACCCAUUCAAUCCAAAUUCCCUUCAAGCCUCCCGGAGCAAACAUAUCUACAUUUUGCACAUAAUGCCUUACUAAUGGAUCAUAGUGAGAUAAAAUUGCAAACUCAACGGGAUUCAAUCUUGAGUAGAAUAUUAUGUUAUAUACGUGAUGGCUGGCCAUCGGUUAAUGAAGUUAGAACAAUCCAACCAUUUUUCAAUCGAAAAACUGAGCUCUAUGAGGAGUUAGGCUGUAUUAUGUGGGGCCAUCGAGUGGUGGUGCCCGAAUGUUGUAGAAGUGUCGUGUUAGCGGAAUUACACGAGCCGCACAUGGGUAUAGUAAAGACCAAGGCCUUGGCACGAAGUUACGUGUGGUGGCCCGGCAUAGAUGAAGCGAUUGAACAACAAUGUCGUAUGUGUAAUACGUGCGCGGCUGAGGCGGACGCACCACCUCGGCACGCGCCCACUCCGUGGCCGUGGCCAACUCGACCGUGGUCCAGAAUACAUAUGGAUUUUUUGGGUCCCAUUAAUAAUAAAAUUUACUUAGUAAUUGUGGAUGCACAUACAAAGUGGUUAGAAGUAUUUCAAGUCCCCAGUACUGCGGCAGUACAUUGUAUAGCCAAGUUAAGCGAGUUAUUUGCGAGAUGGGGUAUUCCGAAACAAAUAGUCUCUGAUAACGGACCUCCGUUUUCAAGUUACGAUUUUGAAGCAUUCACUAAAAGUUUAGGUAUUAUUCAUUUGCAUACGGCUCCGUACCAUCCAGCUUCUAAUGGAGCCGCAGAAAAUGCCGUUCGUACGAUUAAAAGAGUGAUAAAAAAGGCCUUACGAGACGGGACGGAUAUAAAUUUAAGUAUAAAUUUUUUUUUACUACACUAUAGAAAUAUCGCACAUUGUACUACGGGAGAAUGCCCGGCGUCGUUAAUGUUAGGUCGUAGAUUGCGGACUAAGCUGGAUGUCUUGAGACCUAAUUUAGAAAACAAGUUAUCUCAGGCUCGUCAACGCAAACAGCAGCGAGAAGGGGUUGCGUUGGAAAUAGAACGUAAAUUAAAACCGGGAGAUGAGAUAUGGUUACGACAAUAUAGUGGAGCACAUAAGUGGCUACCAGGAACAGUGACAGAACGUUUAGGUACAACUGAUUAUAAGGUUUGUGAUACGUCGGGUAGGGAAUCACAUAGACAUAUCGAUCAAUUAAAAAGGAGAUCAAGGUCGUCUGUAAUUGGUACAUCGUCUUUACCAUCCGACGAGGGAGCAGCUGGCGACUGGCCUGAGGGUAGUAAUGAGAACCCGGGUAGAUAUUCGGUUGACAAAGAAGAUAGGGAGCUUAAAGAUACGAAUACGAUGGAUAGAAUCGGUGAGCUUGAGAAAGAAGGAAGGGUCCCCUCCCCAGUAGCAGUCGACGAAGAACCCAAAGCUGAAAAAUCCUCUAGUCCACCGACCCAGUCUCGCCGUCCUAUAAGGCAGUGUCGAUUGAAUAAACGCCUAAUUAAUUAA